AUGCAGGGAGAACAAUUAGUCGAAAUGGGUUAUGGAUCUCAGUUUUCGGAUGUAGAAGGUUAUUUUACAGAGCCUGAAUUUGAUUAUGACACACAAAGUUUGGAAGUAGAUUACGAUUCACAGAAUUCUGAAUUAGAUUACGACUCGCUGA